CUUCCACAAUUUCUAGCUACUAAUUUAUAUUUCUUCUUCCUCAUCUCUCUUAAGAAAGGAAAAUUAAGGGAGAGUGAGAAAAACAUCACUCUUUUUUUAAAUUUUUUUUUCCUUAAACCCACAAAUCAAGACACCAAAAAAGUUAAGGUCGUCGGCACCUUAGGAAAAAUCAAAGUUUUUAGGGUCUGAGUGAGUAUUGUUACUAGGCUGAAACUUAAGAGAAUUGACGGAAGGGUGGAGUGAAGCUUGCGGCGUAAUUUGACUCAACGCGAAAUUUAUGAGAACUAAACAUAGUAAGGAUUGACAGACUGAGAGUUGUUUGUUGACAGUACAGGUGAGCAUAUCAUUCUUGGGGUCAUGCUAUGGAUAUUGAGUACUCACAAUUGAAUAUAGAAAAAAGCAUAAAGGUAGAAAAAUGGCUGGGUUCUUUUCACUAGGAGGAGGAGGAAGAGAAACAAGUCAAGAACAACAUCAUCAAGAAACCUCUAAUCAUCACAACCCAGAGAACAAUUGGUUCUUGUACAGAAAUCAUGAUCAAGAAUUACCCGCAUACAAAGGGUUCGAACUAUGGCAACAACAACAAGACGAGCAGCAAAAUUACCAAAUUCGGAACCCAAUUAUUAAUCCAUUACAAGAUCUUUAUCCCACUUCAGCUAUUGGAUUAGGUGUUGGUCCUACAGCAACAGAUCAUGGGGCGUCAAGAUCUGCGGCUUUCGUAAUGAUGAGUAGUAGUGGGGGUGGAAUUAGUUGUCAAGAUUGUGGGAACCAAGCUAAGAAAGAUUGUCAACAUAUGAGAUGUAGGACUUGUUGUAAGAGCAGAGGUUUUCAGUGUCAAACACAUGUGAGAAGUACUUGGGUUCCAGCAGCUAAGAGAAGAGAAAAACAACAACAACAAGAACAUAGAGAUAAUAACCCCAAAAGGCUAAAAGAUGAUCCAAGUGGUUCUUCUCUUGUUUGCACUCGUUUACCUUCGAAUACUGCUGGGUUAGAAGUUGGAAAUUAUCCAUCAAAAGUAAAUUCAACGGCUGUGUUUCACCGUGUUAGAAUGAGCUCGAUUGAAGAAACUGAAGAUCAAAUAGCAUAUCAGACUGCAGUUAAUAUUGGUGGACAUAUUUUCAAGGGAAUUUUAUAUGAUCAAGGUCUUGAGAGUCAGUACAAUAAUAUGAAUGCUACUACUGGUGACAGCUCAACUGGUGGUACUGAACCAGUAGUGCCACAUCAGCAUAAUCUUAUCGGCACCGCCACAUCAGCGGCCACGUCCAACGCGGCCGCAAGUGGCGGUGGUGCUGCUGCGGCGGCUGAAGGGUCACAUUUUCUAGAACAUUCUCUAUACUCUGCUCCUCUAAUUAACAGUUUCAUGGCAGCUGGUACGCAAUUCUUUCCACCUCCUGCAAGAUCUUGAGAUUCUUCGACAAAUUACGAAAUUGACAUUUGACUUUUUUUUCUUUCUGUAAUGCAAUCCAGUGAAGAAUUAGUAUUAAUAGUACUACUUGUUUAGAACAAAUAUAGUAAAAAGAAAGGCGAAAAAUGAGGGUAUGAGGCCUCUUUUUUUGUUCUAAUUUCUCUACGAAGUUGAGUUAAUGGCUUUAAUUCUCUUUGAAAUAAUACUAUGAAA